UCUAGCCUGUAUCUACUACGCAACUUCCGCUAACUCGCUGCUGAGCAAAAUGGACGCCUUUGUGUCUGUUUUCCUCGUAUUCACACUAUAAAUAGUGUUUUCACUGCGAUGGAUCCUCUUUGACAUGGCGAUGUUUGCGCGGUACCGCGAGAAACAUAAGUGAAAAUCGUGACACGUCACGAAUCGAAGUGCAUUCCUUGGUGAUCGACGAGAAAACCCGUCCAACCAAAUAGGCCAGAACCACGGAUGACAAUUGAGUGAAUAUCGUUUCACGACGAAAACUUUUUCGAAUAGACUCGCACAAACUGAGUCGUUGUUUUUGGCAAACGUGUAAAUACCGACGAUUUCCACGCGUCAAACAACACUGGGAUCUUGGAUAUCGAUACGCCUCCCGCCAAAAUUCCAUUCACUACUCGCAUUCUGCAGUAUAAAUAAUCGUUGUUGGAUAGCCAGUGGAAUUGAGCACACUUGGGGGAUUUCCAGCCUGUAGCAACCUGGUUAAGGCCAUGUUAUCAUAUGUAUGAUGUUGGAUGGUAGAUACUCGACAACUGGAGGACAAAAAAUUAUUGCUAACAAUGGACCGUUUGUUGGAGGAUCCACGUGCUUCAUCAAAAUUUGGUUGAUAAUUGCUACUGCAUCAUGGGAACUUAAAAGAGACUUUGUUAAGUUCCCAAUAUAUACCUUAGUGCUAGUGUUCUUUAAUAAGCGUUAGGUAUAAUUCUUCUUAACAGUGAAAGAUCUCUUAUGUCGGAAUGCCUUGAAAAUGCGAGUGUAAAGAUUUUAACAAUGAUUUCUUUAAGCAUCCGUGGAAACAGUGCAUUUAGAUAUGUUCUGUUGAUUUAUAUUUACCAUAUACUGUGAAUAAGACAUUUUCUAAUAUGUCAGUGCUGUGUUUGUUACGUUGGAUAAUUCUAUGAACCUCAAGGUACAUAUAAGGACACUGGACCUAAUUUCAAUAAUAUUUUUUGUCCAGGCUGUAAUGCCAGAACAAGUCAAAUUCAAGAUGAACGGGGUUAUACCGAGUGUGCCAAUCACAACUCUCGCUGGUAUUGCGAGUCUUACUGACUUGUUACCUGAAAUGCCCCUUCCAACACCGCUGCCUCAGACUUUAACUAACAAGUCCCUUUUAUUUCAUCCAAGAGUGGCAGAGGAAGCACAAAUAUUACUAAGUGUUCGUAAUGAAAACUUAGUGCCGCAAUUAAUAUUAUCUUUAUCUCAAACCUCAUCUGAUCAUAUUGAACUGAAAGAUAAUUAUGCAAAUGCAGAACAGCCUUUGGAAACCGAGCAAAAUACGCCGGAGUUACUUAAGGCAAUUUUACAAAUAAAUCCGCAUGUGUUUAAGGGGCCUCAAUACAAUUCACCACGAAACUGGGCCCAAGGCACACCUAUGAUGCAUACCAAUCAAACAUCUGCUAAUUACGAUCGAUUCUCACCAUCCUACUCGAGUUCUUCAGGGUCGAGACAAACGCCUCAAGGUAGUCCAGCUCAUCCUGCUGCUGCUAGAACAGUGCUACCCCCGCCUACCGGCAUAAACCCUCUACCCAACAUGACUCCGCAACCAAAUAUGUAUUCUCCAGCACAUAUGAGUUCUCCUGGGACGCCAUUAACAACUCUUGGUAAUGUAACACCUCAACACCACAAUAUGGCUGGUAUGACACCUCAACAUAAUAUGCAUAUGGCAUCUCCUAUGCGUGCUAAUAUACCAUUGCAACAACAUCAACCUAUUAAUAUCCAGCAAAAUAUGUACGAUCCUAUGAUGAAUCAACAAGUACAUCAUCCAUUAGAAAAUCAUCAGCCAAUGGACAUUGAUAGUACAGUGCAAGAAAAUCAGCAGUUUUUACUCGAUCCAGUCACAGGUCUUCCUGACAUUGAUAUACCAAUAGAAAAUAUCGAAGCGAAACAGCAGAGCAUGGAUAAUGUGACGCAACAUCUGUUAUCUACAACGGAAACCACAUCUUAUCCAACCAUGGAUACCACCGACAUGGUAAAUACAUUAAACACUACGACGCCAGUAGUAAUACAACACCAACAGAACAACAAUUCAGAAAAGGGGAUGAAAAUACCCGUUUCUUUACCGGAGAAAUUAAAAGAGCCGAUUGUCAUGCUGGACAGACUAUCCUUAGCAGAUCAAGCUUUGAUGCAGAAGAGUCUAACCGCGUUUGCCGAGAAGUCGCCAAGUCGGGCCGCGAAGAUGGGCAUUUCUAAUCGUGAAGAUGUAAAGUCUGAGUCUGAUAGCGAGGAAGAAAUCGGUAAAAAUAAUAAAUAUUUUAAAGCACGCGCGAAAGAGCGUCAGGUUCAAAGGGAAAAGGAGAAAGCCGAGAGGAAGAAGAGCGAAGAUAAAACGCGCAGACGAAAAAGGAUAAUAGAUGACGAUGACGACGAUGAGAAGAAAGAAGCUUUUACACCCACGAAACCAAAAAUCCGCAAAGUAGAAAAGAAACUCGUUCCUGUAUUGGCUAAACUUAGCGUAGAGGAGCUGAUGGAAACUAAUACGUAUCAACGUUUCAACACAACCAUAGAAACGAUAUUUGAAAACACAGAAGACGUAGCGACUAAUGCCGAAUUGGAUGAUGAUGGUGAUGUGCCUCCAGAAUUAUUAAUUCCUAAAUACCAAUUACACGAUUUAUGCACAGAAGCAGCUAAAUUGAAAGCAUUAGGAGCAAUGGAGUCGAUUCCAGCAGAUAGAUUGGUUAGACUGUUAAACAUUUUAGAGAAAAACAUUCGGGAUGGAGCCAAGGUGUCUCCGUUGGCAGAUCCGGACGACGAUGUUGAUGAAAGUCGAUUAUGGACACAGCUGGCCAUGGAGAGAGUACAACGUGCCGUGGAUGCGUCUUUAAUUGCAUUACACAUCAUGACGUCUAGCAACAUGCCAAAAAUGGUCUACUUGGAAGACGUGAUCGACAGAAUAGUCCUUUUCAUGAAGUUUCAAUUGCAGAAUACUAUUUAUCCUUCAUUCGAUCCGGUUUACAAAAUAGACACAAAAAACAAGACUGACAAUUAUAAUUCUAGUGGUCGUAAGAAAAGAGGUCAUAUGAAAGAAGUCCGUGAGAAGAGUAUCCUUCAAGUAUACAACAAAAUGCACGAAUUAGUUGGUCUUCUUGCUGAACUAUUAAACAUCCAGGUUCUAACAGACACUAGUGUCCUUCAUGCCUCUACAUUAGGUGUCGCACCAUUUUUUGUUGAAUCGGUUAGUGAUCUUCAAUUGAGCGCUUUAAAAUUGGUCACGAUAAUAUUUACUAAGUACGAGAAGCAUAGGAGAUUGUUGUUAGAUGAUAUUUUGGCGUCUAUAGCUCGACUUCCUAGCAGCAAAAGGAGUCUAAGAACUUACAGGUUAAAUUCUGAAGAUCAUAUACAGAUGUUGACAGCGUUGGUCUUACAGCUGAUUCAAUGCGUUGUUGUAUUACCCGAAAAUGUACUCCCACAACAUAAGAAGUCACAAGAUGAUGAAGAGAAGAAAGAAGAGAAAAAAGCAAAUUACGUAGAUGCAGAUGUCCUGAUCAUAAACAAAUACGAAACCGCUACCAGAAUAGCGGGGAAUUUUUUAACGGUAUUCCUGAACAAAUGCGGCAGCAAAGGUGAGGAAAUUGAUUACAGGCCACUGUUCGAGAAUUUUGUGCAAGAUCUGUUAGCCACAGUCAACAAACCGGAAUGGCCAGCGGCUGAGUUGCUUCUGAGUUUACUUGGAAACUUGUUGGUGGGUCAUUUCUCUAAUAAAAGUUCAGAUAUGGCGCUCAGGGUGGCCUCCAUCGAUUACCUCGGCGUUGUCGCAGCCAGAUUAAGGAAGGACGCGGUAAGUUCUCAAUGCAAGCUAUCUACUAUUGACCAGAUCAUAAAGGACAUCAAGAUUGAACAGCAAAAGGAUUCCGAAUAUGACCAGGUGAAAGAUAAAGAGAUUGUAGGUUUGAGUGAGGAUGAAGAGCGGACGGGUUUUUUACAGAAAGUGCUGCUAGACUACUUGGCUGUAAACGGAACCAAGGACUCCGCCUUAGGUUAUGCCCGCCAUUUCUAUCUAGCACAAUGGUAUAGAGAUUGUGCGUUAGAAAAAUCCAGGGUUGGUCAGGUAAAGAACAGUCCCAGUAAGAAAAUGCAUAAGAAGAGAGUGAAAAAGAAACACAAGCACCACACGAGUGAUCAGGAAUCAAAAUCAGAAUUAGAUGAACCUGAUGCCGACGAAAACGACAAUAACGAACAAAAGUACUCAGAAACAUACCGAAUCAUAGAAGAGAAAAAGAAGUACAUUAUAAGUAGAAUAAGGCCAUAUAGCACUGGCACAAAACCGGAUAUUCUUCAGACCUAUAUCGAUUAUAAUUCAGCAGAACUGAUAUCACAGUAUCUCGCUUCGAAAAGGCCGUUUUCGCAGAGUUUCGAUCGAUACCUGAAGCAGAUCCUACACGUGCUCACAGAGUCGUCUAUAGCGAUCAGGACAAAGGCGAUGAAGUGCCUGACGAUGAUCGUUGAAGCGGAUCCAAGCGUUUUGGCGCGAGUGGACAUGCAGCUGGGCGUAAAGCAUUCGUUUCUAGACCAUGCGACGUCAGUGCGCGAGGCAGCCGUCGAUCUGGUAGGAAAAUUUGUACUAAGUAGGCCCGAAUUAAUAGAUAAAUACUACGACAUGCUAUCAGCUAGAAUUCUUGAUACUGGCGUUAGCGUUCGUAAGCGCGUAAUCAAGAUUCUCAAGGAUAUCUGCAUGGAGUGUCCUGACUUCCCAAAGAUCCCGGAGAUCUGCGUGAAGAUGAUCAGACGAGUGAACGACGAGGAAGGUAUUAGAAAAUUGGUAAUGGAGGUGUUUCAAAAUAUGUGGUUCACACCGGUCAGAGAACGUCCCACGUUAGAUUCCGAGUCAUUGCUAAGGAAGGUUAUGAAUAUCACGGAUGUUGUGGCAGCUAGUAAAGAUAUGGGUUUGGAGUGGUUCGAACAGCUGCUGGUUAGCUUGUUCAAGCCCAAGGAAGAUAAAGACGAUAGUACAAAGAUGAAAACCGAGCCCACAAAGGCAUUAUUGACGGCGUGCAAACAAAUCGUUGAUUGCUUGAUUGAAAACGUUCUUCGACUAGAAGAGACGAACCUGGAAGAGUCUGAGAAGUCUGAGAAAAAAGGAUCCUCUCAAAGAUUGGUCGCUUGUUUGACAACCUUGUAUCUAUUUGCUAAGAUACGGCCGCAAUUGCUAGUCAAUCACGCGAUCACGUUACAGCCUUAUUUGAGCUUGAAGUGUCAAACGCAGGGCGAUUAUCAGAUCAUCAGUAGCGUAGCUCACACAUUGGAGUUAGUCGUGCCACUCAUGGAACAUCCUAGCGAGACUUUUUUAGCACAGUUGGAAGAGGAUUCGGUGAAGCUGAUUUUGCAACACGAUAGAUCUGUCGUGGCUAGCUGUCUUUCUUGUUUAGGUUCAAUAGUGAACAAUGUAACCAGAAAUUUUAAAUUAAUACGAGACUGUUUUAAAAAAUAUUACGGACAUCUGACUGAGUACAAAUCCUUUUACGAGAAAGACCCUACAAAUCCUAUGCUUUUAAAGUAUCGGCCUUUUGUCAGGAGAGCAUUAUUCACCGUUGGCUUGUUGCUCAGACAUUUCAAUUUUACCGACCCUGAAGUGAUCGAGGGAUUAGCGGAAAAUAUAAAGGAUCAGGUAUUCGAAACAUUAAAUUACUUCGUGCAUCUGGACAAUGACGAUAUUCGACAUUUUACUCUGUCCGCUAUUGGUUCUUUAUGUAUCCGUCAUUACGAAUUUAUGUUGCUUCCUGAGUUAAAGGAACUGUACCAUCAUCUGCUCACAUCAGAAAACGCGUUGGUUCAUAUGAGGAUUCAGGUGCUGAAUAAUGUUGAGGUUUAUCUACAAGAGGAAGACAAAAGGAUGAUUAAACAGGACAUGGAAUGGGCGAAGAUGUCCAAACAAGAGAACCUAAAAGAAAUGGGGGACGUAUCAUCAGGGAUGGCUAGCACAGUAAUCCAGUUAUACGUGAAAGAGAUCCUAGAAUCGUUUUUGCACGUGAACAUCAGCGUUAGGCAUGCAGCACUUAAAGUAAUUCAGUUGAUUCUGGCUCAAGGUCUAGUUCAUCCGGUCCAAAUAGUUCCCUACCUGAUCUGCAUGAGCACAGACUGCGAAAAGGCAGUGAGUCACAGCGCAGACAAGCAACUUCAGGACAUCGAGAAGAAAUAUCCGGGUUUCAUUCAUAUGAAAUCGCAAUUAGGCAUCAAGCUGAGCUACCGACUACAGAAGAUUCUGCAGAACGAUAUCACAGUAAGAGGAAUGCGAGUAAAAGAUGGCGAGUUUCCUGGUGCACUAAACGGUUUUCUGUACACCAUCCUGAGGAACACGAAGCAACAGAGGAGAGCUAUCGUCUUGUCCUUCCUGAAGCAGUUCGACGAGUCUGCAAAGACAAGCUUAUCGCAGAUGCUCUACUUGGCUGACAAUCUCGCUUAUUUUACAUAUCAAGUACAAGACGAGCCUCUGUUCAUCAUCCAUCACAUUGAUAUUAUCAUCUCAAUGUCUGGUACAAAUCUGGUGCAAUCAUUUAAAGAGGCGCUGUUACCAAAAGAAGGCAGCAGUCAAUCUCAACUGCAACACCAUCAUCAACACCAGCAACAUCAGGCCCAUGCAUCUAUUGGACCGGAUGGGCAACCGCGACCAGACCAGCUGUUAUCAGUGUUGGAAGAUGAAGAGGAUGACGAAGAGGACGAGGAGAGCCUGCUGGCAAGGUUACCAGAAGACACGACGCUGCUGAGGGAUUAUAUUACCGCCAGCCAAGGCUUCUUGUUGCUGCUCACUCUAAGGCAGCACUUGAAAGACUUGUACGGCUUCUCUGACCAAAAAAUCGGCCAAUACUCGCCGACAGAGGCAGCGAAGGUGUACGAGAAGGCGGUGAGCCGUAAGAGCAAUUUGCUGUUCAAACCAAAGGCCACUCUGCAGAGACUGAAGGAGGGAGUGAGUAGCGCUGAGCUCGACUCCGAUGGCAGGAGGAAGCUAGUGAAAGAGUACUUGGACUUCAAACAGUUAAUGCUGAAGUUCGACUUGGAAGAACCGGAAGAAGAUACAAACGAGGUAUCUAAUUCGUCCAUCGAGCAUCCGAUCAAUUCGGUGAACUUGAUGACCGUCAGUGGACUCAUUCCGGUCUCCACGCCGGUCCACGCGUCCAUAAACAUCGUAUCAGCGUCACAUAUAAUGGUGUUGUAUGUGUCCAAGUUAACGAUGUAUGAAAACCACCAGGAGGGCACGAUGGAACACCGCAGACAUCGGACGCACAAAUCCGAGAAGGUGAAGAAACACAAAAAGAAAAAAAGGAGAAAAGUUUCCGAUAGCAGCGAGAGUGACGAAGACUACAGUGAUCCUGACUUUUUAGUGUGAGUGCGGUGGUGUGUUCCCGCGUCCAACGUGUACAUAUUACAUACUGCGUACGAGAACCUCUAAAAUAAGUGGCUGAUGUGCGUACUGGUGUGUGUGCGGCGUUUUUUCUUGGUGCGUUUUCCUGUCGGCCGUGAGUGUAGGCGUUCUGUUUUUUCUUGUAUUUGCGUUUUUCUUUUGUAUGGAUUCGAAUACAGGAAGAGAAAGAAAGAAAGAGAGAGAGAGAGAGAGAGAGAGAGGGAGAGAAAAAAAAUAUAAGAUAUAUAUAUAUAAAUAUAUAUGACACUGAUGUUAUAGGAAAUACCAGUGCCGGACGCUCUGAAAUCGCGACGUAGCCCCAUCGAUCACGGAAAUGGACUAAAACAUUUAGCAAGACUAAACAAUAAGUAUACAAAAUGUGGAUUAGAAACGAUGCUGAUGUGUACAGAGGACGGUGGUGCUCUGCGGGAAUGCAUGCGAUCUUUCUCUGCGACAUAGUUUGAUUGGACGAGAUUGAGAGAGUUCAAACGAAAGAGAGGUUUUAAGGAUCGAUCAUCUCGAGACGAUCUAUUAAAAUUAUCUGUUGGCUAGGGCAUGCAGUGGAUAUUAAGAUUUUUUCGGUCCGUGUUAAACCGUUCGAAAUAUUUCGAUCACGUGGCUGGAGGGAGGAACUUGGUUCAGCCAUGAGUCGAUUUCGUCAAUUCUCAUGUUUCAAAUGGAAAAAUUCCUCGUAAAACUUUCUUUCGUUUUCCUUUCUUUUUUGUCGUCCUUUCCUUUCCACUGUCAUCAAAAGCUAAAAUGCAACCACAAAAGAAGAAUUUUUAUUUAUAAUUCUCGAAACUUAACUUAAAAUUAAGAAAAAGGAAUUUUGUUUACAGUUAACACCACAAUUUAAGAAAUUUCUCUAUGAAUAUUAACAUAAGAAAAUUGUAAAAUUUGUUUAUGUGCGUAAUCGUAAUUUAAAAAAUAGAUUUUGAUAGAAUCAACUAAAACGAUGGUGAAACAACACGAACCAAGUAUCUAAUUUAAUAAAGAGACGGAGCCCGAGUUGUAACGUUUUCUUGGAAUACAUCACGCAUUAUUCGACUAAAAAUUGUUAUUGUAAAUAAUAUUGAAUAAUAACACCAAGAUUGAUACGAGAUUUUAGUUUUCUUUUCACGGAGAUAGAAAAACAGAGUGGCCAGUACUCGGGAUGAUUUGAAUUUUUUUUUUUAAUGAAGGAACUUGUCAAGAAGACGUUGAAAGAAUUGGUGUUGUAAAUUUUUGUUUCAAAAUCUCGAAAAAGAAGAAAGAGAUAACAGAGAGAAAAAGAUACGAAUCAAAAGAAAACUCGGGAAAACAGCGAGGGAGAGAAAAAGCCAACAACAAAGGGAAACAAAAAAAUCAUAAGAGAAAGAAAGAAUCGCAUAGAAAAAUGGAUUUAUUUAGGCUUACUCCACAGCAAUGUAUUAUAGAGAAGCGUUUAGUUAAAAAAGAUUAAAAGAGGAAAAAAGAAAGAAAAUUAAAGAAAACAGAAACACAUUGCCUAUGCAUUAUGAGAGAGAGGGAGAGCGAAGCGAGCGAGAGUGUGUUGUUUGUAAUAUCUGUACAUACAAAUUUCAAGUAAAGUAUCUUAUUUUCUUACAAACUAUAUAGUGAUGACAUUACGAAAGAAUACUUAAAAUUUUGUUGUAAUAUUAAGUAUUUAUUCAGAAUUCAUGUUGUCCCAAUAUAGUUUGCUUUAUGCACACAACUCGUCUUUUGGUGUAAUUGAAUAAACAAAAAAAAAAAACUAUCGUUUUUAUACAAGCUUAGAAGUAAGCAAAAUAAAAGCAGAAGACAAAAAAUGUGCAGAAUGAAAAGUAAAAGGAAAGAGGACACAAGGAUGAUGAAGAAUUAAAAGGAAAAGGACGGAUUUAGUAACUUUCGACGGGGAAAUGAACGAAAUUAUUCAUAGGGAUGGGGGUGGAAUGAGAUGAAAGAACAAAGAGAGAUAAGAAGCCGGGAAGAAUGAACAUUGGAGACCUGUAAAAACGCGCGAUCGAGGGAGGAACUUAAGAUCCUCGACGAGUCACGCAGCUCUUCGACGAUUCGUUUUCUUCGUGGAUCGCAGCAGCACAUGCGAUUUUGACUGUCCAGGAACGAGAGUAACGGCGUUAGUCUAAGGCGUGUAAGCGUAAGGCGAUUCUCAUCGAUUGCCCCUAAUUCUAGAAAAUCGACCGCGCAACUGUGAUCUUUAGCGAUAUUGAAGCGCGGACAGGUGUGUCGCGGUAUAAUUCGUCUUUUUUAUACAUUUAUAGUAAUUCCAUCAGCCAUCAUCGACAUAAAAACAUUAUCGAAACAGAACAGUUCAAGGUAUCUCGUUGUCCUGGAUGGUCGAAUAUUAUAUUCAAUACAUUCACAUACAUAUAUGCAUAUUCCAGGUCUAUGACCUGGUUAGCGAGCCGUUUAGAAGUUAUUAAUCACACGACACCCGAUCGAAUCUUCAUCGAAAGCGAACCAACAUGCGAUAUCAUUGUCCAUAUCCUUUAGAUCGCUAGCUUGAAACGUUUGUGUCCCUACGAAGCAAGUACACGAAGGAAACGAGUCGAUUGAUCGAUGAUUAGCUGCAUGAGCCGCGAGUCUUGGUUAACGAUCGAAAGAUUGCGACAGACAUGGAUGGAAAGAGAGAAAGAUUAGAGAUUUUUACUUUCUACUGCGAGAACGUUACCAUUUUACGAUCAUUGUCAAUCAUUGUUGCAUUUACAAGUUGGUCGUUCAUUUAUACAGGGAGAAAAAGAAAUAUAAGAAAACGGAAAAUUGCUAGCUGUUCAACGGAUAAACGUUAGUCCGCGGAACGUUGGCGAACGAUCGCGAGCAGAAUGAUCUAUUAGGUGACAUACGCUUCUUUCGUUUUAAUCUCGAUUUAAAGUAGCACUUUAUUGGGGCCCAGAUGUACCUUCAUCUAUAUCUCAUCAAUAAAUCUGGCAGUAAAAGGAGUAUGGAAUUCAUUCGAUUAGUUAUUAAGAGUCUCAACUAUGCUCACAAGGAAUGUACGCGAAUCCUGUUUGUCAAAAAUUCAUUUCUUUUCUUCGUUUAAUGUUUAACAAAAUUUCGUUCGUUUUAUGAAACCUUACAUUUACGUACUAAAUUAAUUUCCUUAAUCAUAGAAAUGAGAGACGUUAAAAAUUCGCGUGCAUUUCUUGCUCUUAGAUUAGUCGAACGUUCUCGAAAACCGUCGCGAAUCCUUAGAAACCCAAAAUUCAAAGGUUUGUUCAAAAGAGGAAUCUAUACACUUGCACGAAUCGCUCCCAUCGAUCGCGUUCCCUUUCAUCUUCGCCCGUGCCUUUCAACGACGCGAUUCCUCGCCGAAAGACGAUCGAUUCCGUGUCCGAUUCUUUGCCGUCCCGGAACCGUGUGCAAUGUUAGAAAUUAGAAAAAAAGAAACUCGGAAAUAAGCUAAUCGAGCGUCGAAGUCUUGACAAGAUAAUAGCUCGUGGACGUCGUGAUUCGACGCUGUUCUUGAUGUCCCUGAACGAAGAAAGGGAUACGCAGAGUUUUCGAUCGUCUGGACGAGAGUCGUGCGUUCGUUGAAAUUAGCGUCGCGGACUUUUCGAUCGAUCAUGGUUGUUCGAUCGAUCGACACGAAAGGAAAGGAGGAAGAGAGGAAAAAGCGAUAUGGAAGGAGAGAAGAGGAAAAAAAAAGCAAUUGAACACACACACCUGUUGCAUCUAUGGUUUGCACAAGAGAAAAAGGAUAUAUAGAGUUGGAACAGAGAGAGAAUGAGUGAGGCGCUGCGUGUGAGGAUAUCGAUGACAAAUAUUGUUAGAUGGAAGGUUCAAGACGACUAAACUAAUCGUAGGGACGAAGAUCUUUGACCUGUACAAAUGUUCAAGUGUGUACAUAUUUAUUAUAAAAAAGAAAAAAGAAAGACGAUGAUGGGUUACGAGGAAGAAAAUGGCGAACAAUGGGAAAGAAAAACGUCAAUCGUCCUACAAUGCUUGUUGCUAUGAAGGAUAAUAAGGGAACGUGAGGAUGAAUACAGUGUGCGUGUGUGUGUUUGUGUAGGCGAAUACAACGGAGAAAUAUGAUCGUAUGAAUGAGCAAGGUGGAAAGUUGAAGGCGUUCAAUUAAACGUUCUAUUGUUCGUUGUAACAAACUUCUAGAGAAACGGUAUACAAUUAUUGAAGAGAGACGAAUUGUAAACAGUUAUAUUUCUUUGUGCAUAUAUACACACAUAUAUAUGCUGACAUAUAUGUGUAUAUAUACGCGGCUCGAGGAGAAAGAAAAUCGGAGGAAUUCUCGAUAUCGCUAUAGCGUGACGUCUAAUUAGUAACAGAGCGAAGAUGUGAAUGGGGGGUGGCGUGAUUGUGAAUCAUAAUGAUCAUAAUGAGCAUAUCUCGUAAUGAUCUGUGAGAAAGGGAUAGACGAGGAUGUGAACAAAGGAAAGAAGACAAAAUACGUGAACAAACAGAAGGAUAAAAUAUGAAUUAUGAACAGUCGUCGAAUUUGAUUGAUAUAUCGUACUCAGCACAGUACGAGGCACAUUUGUAUUAUAACAUUAUACAUAUAUAUAUAGUAUAUAUAUUGUAUCACCUAUGUUUUUGUAUUUGGUCAUCUCAUGAAAGACGAAGAGGAAAGAAGAAAAAAAAAUCUACAAAAAAGAAUAUCGAAUUAACGAACAGAAGGUUAAUAGAAAGUAUAUUAUAUAUUUGAGUAAAAUCGUCGAGAAUUGGUAUUAUCCACGACUGACCGGAAGAGGGAAGCGGGAUAUCAUUUUUUUUGUCCUCACUUAUAUAUUUGUUUAAGUUUGUCUCUCUUCGUUCGUUCUUUCCGAUCUUUCUACGUAUGUUUGUUUCUACGUUCAAUACUUUCAUACAGAUACACACACACGCGCGCGCGCGAUCGCUCAGGUAACGUGAGGUUUGGAUGAGGGGAGAGGGUUAAUCAAUUAAUUAGUUAAUUGAUUAAUUAAUUAUUAACAGUUCGUUCUGAGCAGUCGAAUAAAUUGACGGUCCUGGAUAAAGCCAACACUCUUUUACUCAUAACUUAUUAUGUACAUCGUCUGACAAAAACCGGUACGUUCGUAAAAGAAAAAUAAACUUAAAUAUAUAUCAA